ACGGUUACUGUAUAAAAUGCUCGCAACCUCCGCAUUCCACCGUAUAAUUGCCUCUUUUCUCUCUAUUUUUUUAACUUUACUUAAGCGUAACUUUACUUAAGCGCAUCUUUUAUUCUUUUACUAAAAUCCAAUAUGCGUACUAUUGCAAGCCUUGCUCUCGUUGCUGCUGCUGCUACAGUUGUCUCUUCUCAGGAUUGUAACCCUUCCUACAACGUUCCUAGCUCUAGCGAGUGUUUUACCAAUUGUAAUACUCAAGCUGGUAGUAAGUAUGUUGCUGGUUGGACUAUGGAUCACACUUCAGAAAACUUUCUCCCCUCUUUGAAGUUGAUGUGUACAAAAGGCACUUCGGAAUACUUGGCUUUUAUGACUCAGGCUGGUAUGUGUAUGGCUAAAUGUCCCGAUGAUCCUACCCUUUUCAGCAAUGAAUUUGCUGGUGCUUGUGCCUGGUACGAACAGCAUAAGAACGACCAAUGUGGUAGCUCAGCAGUUACUACUACUACAGGAGCUGCUCCUCAAACUACUACUACAGCCAAUAAUGCUUCUCCAACUUCUCCAACUACUCCAACAGCUGGCACCGCCUCCGCAAGCGGUACUAACACCGGUGCGAGCGUUACUACUACUGCUGCCGGCACCGGUGCUACUAACGCUGGUACUCCUGUUGACAACGCUGCGUCACCCGCUGUUACUUCCGUCUCUCCCAGUGCUGCUGUUCCAGCUGCAUCCAACAGUACUGCCAUCAAACCUGCUUCUGCUGCACCUUCUGCGGCCCCUAGCACUGGUUCAACUUCAAACAAUUCCGCUUCUCAAAGUGCUGCCAAUAAAUUGCAAUUGAGCGGUUAUGCUUUCGCUCUAAUUGCUGGUGCUGCUUACUUGGCUUUCUAAAGCCUUGAUUACAAGAAUCGGUCCAUAUUUAAAACACCGAACCACAUUUACUAUUUAUUUUAUAAAGUAUUUCGUUCCUUAAUUUGUAUCUCAUCAACUUAUUAGCUCUUUUCUAAACAAUAAUGAUACUUUUUUUGCUUAUUCUUACAUUAAAGAUCUGAAUAAAAAUGAUUUUGAUCAUUUUUCAAUAGAAUUCAUACGCAGCUGAACAUGCUGAAAAAGCAUUUUAAUGCCCGGACCGGCAAUUCCAUUUGCCACAUUAUAUAUCGUAAUACAGUAUUUUACCUUAUAUUUUAGACAUUUUACAAUUUCUGAUGGACAAUAUGCA